GUCGGCAAAGCUGAAAUUAACAAAUUUUGCAUCUCGGUAAAAAUUAACUGGAUUCUGGUAAAUGUUUUGUGUAUUAUGUGGAUCUUCGUAAAAGUAAGUGUCAAAUGUAGUUAAAAACAAAGGAUCUCCUACAAAUAUGCUAAAAUGAUUCCAUUAAAAGAUAAUCAAGAUGUUGCAUCAUUUCUUGUCACCAAACACUCAUGGAAGGGGAAGUAUAAAAGAGUGUUUUCUAUUGGAACUCAUGGUAUCACAACCUAUAACCCAGAUAGAUUAGAAGUAACAAAUAAAUGGUUGUAUUCUGAUGUAGUCACAAUUUCCUCAUCAAAACAUUCUAACUCUACCACCAAUCAUGACUUCACUCUGGUUAUGAAGAAGGAAAAGAAAAUUGAUUCUAUGAAAUUUUCCUCUGAACAUAAAUGUCUUAUUCUAACAGAAGCGUUUAAAUAUCGAAACCAGUUUGCUGAAAAACCAAAGGAUAUAUAUAGAUAUCAAGCCUACAAACACCAUUGGAGUGGCACUCGUCUACCUAUAGUGCUUGAAGUAGGACCCUGCUCUCUAGAACAACUGGAUCCCUCUACACACACAUUACUCGCCAGCUACCCAUAUAAUGAUAUCCAAGGAAUACUACCUGUUAAAGAUGUUCCCGGUGGUUUUGUGAUAGCUCUUGGGGGAUAUAGUCGCUUACACAUGUUCUCGAAUGUAAUGGAUCAUCAAGGAAUUGUAAAUAAAAUGUUGGAAAUGGCAAAUCUUACACUCAAUAUAAGCAUUAAAGUUCUAUCAGCCAUGAUAACACUUGAUGACUGCCACAAUCAGAGAUUUGGAAAGUAUAGUGGCGACCAACAUCAGACAUCUUUAAGUGAAUUUUUAGUACAUAAAGUGAAUCCUGCCAGACAUAUGGAGCCGAUGCGGCGCACGUUAUGUCUAUCUGAUACUUGUAUUUUGGAAAGAGAUCCACAAACUUAUUCUGUAGUUUGUUUGCGACCGUUAAGCGACGUAUUUGCGCUGGUUCGGGACCCUGAUCAUCCACAAAAGUUUUCUAUCGAGUAUUUAAAUGGACAAAUGAGAACAUAUCUUGCAGGAGAAAGAGAUGCAUUGCUAGCGUCUCUACUAGAUGGUGUACGUGGCUCUGGCCAACGGGACGUACACGUCCGUAUGACGCGUACGCCGCGCGGCUAUCGACUGGGCCCGUUACAUCAGCCCGUUGAUGAGGAAACAGAGUCAAAUCAUUUGCGGCUCUUCCAAAAUCCAGUGGGGAUGUCACGAGUAGAAGUUAUUGAACGUUUCAACUCUAACAUUGGAUACAGCGGCCUCAUAUACUCAGUCAGUCAAGACCGUCUCUUUUCGGAGAACAAAGAAAAGUUAAUAACUGGUGCAUUGACCGCGUUGGUCAGUAGUGCGCCCUCUGGGUCCAAUCUUACGCCGCGUGAAUUGGAAGCUCAGUUUCACGCACUAAGACGAUUGUGCGCUAGCAAAGUUGGAUUCGCUGCGUUUACUGCGUUGCCUGGUUUUCGCGAAUGGAUAGGCAGUGCCGUUGUAUCCGCAUUGAGACGCGAGUCUGCCGCGUGUUCGCACGCUGCUUUAGAAGCUGUAUGUGCACUAUUGCAACCGAUGCACGCUGAACCCGAUCUGAGGCAGGAACAGCUGAAUAAAGCCAGUAUGCUGUCCUCACAGCCAUUCCUGGAGGGACUACUAGCUAUGUGGGCACAGCAUAUUACCGCAGGUAGUGGCGCCCUUGUAGUGGGAGCAAUGUUGGAUUUCCUUACGUUCUCACUAUGUGUGCCAUACAGCGAGACUACAGAUGGAAAACAGUUUGACCAGCUUCUGGAAAUGGUCGCUACAAGAGGACGGGUUAUAUUUAGACUUUUUGAGCAUCCGUCUCAUGCGAUAGUGAAAGGUGCUGGACUAGUAACGAGGGCGUUAGUCGAAGAAGGCAGCGGUGGGGUUGGUACCAGGAUUCAAGGCCUGGCGUUAGCCGAAGCGGCCCUGCCCAGACAUUUGCUUACAGCUCUGUACGACCAGACCAGACCUCGGCAUGGAAAUUUGGCCAGACUACACCACAGGCAUUUGGCAAGGCAUCUAGUUGCGUUGUGGCUGGUCGAUCAUCCACCUGCAGCGGAUUUGUUGAGGAGAAUUAUGCCAUCAGGUCUUCUAGCGUUUCUAGAAUCGGCUGAUGCUCCACCAGCGGCCGUGUUGGAAGAGGAGGCUUUGCAGGAACGAGAUAACUUACAAUUGGCUCAGGCGGUGACGAAACCACGGACGGGCAAACACUGGGACGCUGUUAAGUACGUCGAAAAACAUUUGGAGCAUUACACCGCAAUGGCUUUACAGCACUGGGCCCAAAGGGCCCGCAGUACGGACCCUCGGAAGGAAAUACAAGCGCGUCCCGUGGUAUUGCGCAGACGCAGGGAACGUCUCAAAUCAACUGCUAAUUGGCCGUUAUUCUACUAUCAGUUUCAUAAGGAUCACGCUUUGCCUAAUCUCAUUUGGAAUCACACCACAAGGGAAGAACUUCGGAAUGCCCUUGAAAAAGAGCUCCGUGACUUCUCAGCUGAUAGAGAGGUAGCUGGAACUACUCUCACAUCCUGGAAUCAUGCCGAGCUAGAAGUGCACUACCAGUGCCUUCAAAAUGAGGUCAAAAUUGGUGACUACUAUUUGAGGAUACUGCUGGAACAGAAGGAUAAUGAUGACAGUCCUAUACGGAAGUCGUACGAAUUCUUCAAUGACCUCUAUCACCGGUUUUUGUCAACCCCAAAAGUGGAAAUGAAAUGUAUGUGUUUGCAAGCGAUGACUAUUGUGUAUGGGAGGUACUACGAGGACAUUGGCCCCUUUGCCGAUACUAAAUACAUUGUGCAAAUGUUAGAUAGAACAUGCGAUCGAAUGGAGAGGGAUAGGCUGGUGCAGUUCCUGGCGAAAUUAAUAUUACAUAAGAAGAAUGUCAGUGAAAUCUUAGAAUGGCAUGGUAUACGAAUUCUAGUUGACCUAAUGACCUUGGCACAUUUACAUACAUCGCGCGCGAUGGUGCCAACUCAAUCAAACGUCAUCGAAGGUCCAGCGCAGACGAGCGAUGGAGAUAGGGAGUGGUAUUAUAAUCUGGAGAAAGGAGAGAAGGUUGUCAGAAAGGGGCCUGUUAGUUUUCAACAGCUAAAAGAUCUAUACAAAUCAGGGGAAAUCAACAACAAGACGAAAUGCUGGGCCAACAGUAUGGAAGGUUGGAGAGCGGUGGCCGGUAUACCACAACUCAGAUGGAGCAUCGCCGCUCGAGGACCACCAGCCCUCACUGAGACGGAGUUGGCAGCGACUGUACUUGACUUACUUAUAACCUGCUCUAAGUAUUAUCCUAGCAGGGAUGAGGAAGAUGCAGUAAUAAGACCUCUUCCGAGGGUGAAGCGGCUGUUAUCGGAACCGGCUUGUUUGGCGCACGUCGUUCAACUCUUAUUGACCUUUGAUCCUAUACUUGUGGAAAAGGUGGCAACACUGUUAUACGAGGUGAUGCAGGACAACCCAGAAAUUUCAAAACUUUACCUCACCGGAGUAUUUUACUUCAUGCUGCUCUAUACUGGUUCUAAUUUAUUGCCGAUCGCUCGGUUCCUGCGACUUACGCAUAUGAAGCAAGCUUUUAGAGCUGAUCAGUCGACAUCAGAUAUAAUGCAGAGAUCGAUUCUCGGUCAAUUAUUGCCUGAGGCGAUGGUCUGUUAUUUGGAGAACCAUGGCUCCGAAAAAUUCGCCCAAAUCUUCUUAGGCGAGUGGGAUACGCCAGAGGCAAUAUGGAACUCUGAAAUGAGACGCAUGCUUAUAAUGAAGGUAUCAGCGCAUAUAGGUGAAUUCACGCCGCGACUAAGAGCGCACAUAGCGGCUCGUUACCCGUACUUGGCGAUCCCAGCGGUCAGAUAUCCUCAACUCAGUCACGAGCUGUUCUGCAAUAUGUUCUAUUUGCGCCAUUUGUGCGACGAACACAAGUUCCCGGAUUGGCCUAUACCGGAUCCGGUGGGUCUUCUUAAGGACGUGUUAGAGGCGUGGCGUCGCGAGGUAGAUAAAAAGCCAGCGUCGAUGACAGCGGAACAAGCGUAUAUGGUGCUGGGGCUGAGUGGGAGUGGGCCGCAGGAUGAAGCGGCUGUUCGGAAAGCCUAUUACAAGUUGGCACAGCAGUAUCACCCUGAUAAGAAUCCUGAAGGACGGGAUCGUUUUGAGGCCGUAAAUCACGCAUACGAGUUCCUCUGCAGUCGCAACGUGUGGUCGGGUGACGGACCGAACACUAAUAACAUAUUGCUCAUAUUACGCACUCAGACCAUAUUGUUCAAGAGAUAUUCUGAAGUACUAGCCCCAUACAAAUACGCGGGUUACAAACAACUCCUGCGCACCAUGCAGUUAGAGACGGAGGGUGAGCAAUUGUUUGCGGAACAAGACGCAUCUGUGGCCCUAUUGCCCGCUGCUGCUGAACUUGCGCAUGCGACUGUACACUGUUCCGCUUUGAAUGCGGAGGAAUUGUGUCGCGAGGAUGGGUUACAGGUCCUAAGUUCGGCCCUGUCCCGCUGUGUAUCAGUGUUGGGUGGAAGUAAAGCGGACAGUACAGCGGCCCGCGUGUGCGCACAUUGCGCUCGUAGCUUCGCUGUUGCUGCCGGUUUUCCUUCUUGUCGCGCUGCUGCUGCUGCUCUGCCAAAUCUUGCUGGAGAUCUAGUGCCAUUACUCAAACGGCCGCAAUUGGGUGAUACUGCAUGCGCGGGCGCCGAAGCCGUUGCGGCGUUAUCAGCUGAACCGACGUGUCGCGUUUUACUAGCGAAGGCCGGUGCCGUUCACGCGCUGUUGCUGCCCGUUCUGCAGUACGACUACACGCUCACCGAAAGUGGUAUGGACACGGAGAAAGCGGCUAGCAAACAGGAGAUCGCUAACCGCCUAGCAGUACAAUGCGUACGCGCAUUGUCCGCAUUGUAUGGACCUCACGACGAGACUUCCGCAAUAGACGACAAUGUUAAAGAUGCCCUACAUCUUCUCCUGACACCAUACCUUUGCUCCAAACUUGCCAAUCCUGAUACGCAUGAGCUCCUAAAAACCCUUACAUCCAACUGGAGAACGCCUUAUCUUGUAUGGGAUAACAGUACAAGGGCAGAACUGCGAGAGAUGCUUCGCGAUUAUCGCUACUUUAGUGACGACGAGCCCCUUAUAACACCAUUCGAAUAUUCUGCGCAUGAGCGUUUGUUACUUGUUGGUGGGGUCUACUUACAUAUAUACAAUGAGCAGCCAGAGUUUACUAUAGAGAAUCCUCAACAAUUCGUUUUAGACUUGUUGAAGUUUGUGGAAGGCGAAAUACGAAAAGACUUGACGGACGAAAGGGCAGAACACAUCACCCUUGCGUUGAAUUCCCUCGCCCACUGUAUUAUUAAGAAUCCAGGUGUAGAAAUACAGUGCAACGGCCAGUUCGGUUUAAUAUUCGGCCUUUUAUCUGCUCGGUCCCACCCACCCGUCUGCAUUGCGGCCCUCCGCUGCGUCUCGGCUACGGCCGGUUGCCGCGAGUGCGUCGAAGAUGUUGCCGCGAGUGGCCUUCUGGGACAUUUGUUGCCGCUCCUUGUGGCCUCGCAACAGGUUGAGGCCGUGACCGCCUUGUCCGCCUUGCUGGCCAGUACUGCGCUUGUCCGAGAGGCGUUGGUAAAAGGGGCUGUGAUUUACCUGCUAGACCUCUUCUGCAAUAGCAAGCUACCAGAGAUGAGAGAGGCUGCUAUAGAUUUGUUAGCUAGAAUGAUGUCCGACAAGUUGCAUGGACCUAAGGUUCGCCUUAGUAUAUCCCGUUACGUCCCGGGCGUGUUUGCCGAAGCAAUGCGGGAAGCGGGGGGAGUGAGUGCCGUUCACAUGUUUGACGCGAGUCACGAGCAUCCAGAACUUGUGUGGAGCGACGAGUCGAGGCAACGGGUCCGGCAUCAUGUUGCCCAGCUGAGAGACCAACACUUCUCAAGACAAGUCCGGGAUCCGUCCGCACACUUUGAAGACCGUGAAGCAAAUGACAGAAGCGAAGUACGAUGGGCGCCAGCCGGUGAAAUCGUAGUCGGAGAUGUAUAUCUCAAACUCUAUCUACAGAAUCCCCAUUGGUCUCUACGAAGCCCUAAGAGGUUCCUGCAGGAACUGCUCAGCGAAACUGUUACGGCGUUAGCUAAAGACACUUCAGAGGGCAGUCGCGGUGACAUAUGCGCGAAGGCUUUAGCGGUGUUGGUCCGAUCUCAGCCGACGUUGGCGGAGGCUUGCGCGCAGUUGGGCGAAGUGCCGAGACUCACCCGCCUGCUCACUUCGUGUCCGAUACACGCCGUGCCCGUACUGGCUGCGUUGGCUAAUUCACAGGCUUGUGUAUCGGCGUUGUCCCAAACUGAAGUGAUGUCAGGGCUAAAGACGGCUGUGAAGAGUUGUCGCGAAGUGGUCGGCGGUGCUUGUGAGGCGCUCGCUGCGAUCUUUAACAGCUCGGCUAAUACGGAUAAAUUAGUUUUGCAGGCUUUAGAGUCAGACCUAAUAGGAGAGCUUCUAUCUCUUCUUGAAAGUGGUAUAGAAGGUGAAACAGCUGCAAGACUAGUGAACGCCCUCAAAGCGAUGGCACGUUCGAAUGCGUACGGCGAACGCGUACGUACAACGCUCGCUAGAUCACGUAUAUGGGAACAGUAUUCUGCGCAGAGGCACGAUCUGUUUAUCACGUCUGCGCCUAAUCAACAUUCGCUUACAGCGGCCCCACACUCCGCGGGUUACUUGACAGCCACGCCCGUCAACAUUCCUGCGCAGCCACCGCCCAUCGACUGACGCACGCACGUCUCACUUCUGGCGCAUCCUCUCUAGUACGCUUUAUCCUAUUAAUAUGUUUAUUCAAAUAUUUAGAAAACGACUGAUUUGGAUGGAUUUUUCAUAAAAAUGGAUACCAAAUAAUUUUGGAUAUAUUCGAACAGUCACGGGACACGAGUUGAGUUCAGUCACGUGAUUUAGAAAAAUUUAAUAUAACUUUUUAGUGCAUAUUAAACGAUUUUAGAUUUACACUUCUAAAGUUUGAUUUUAAAAUUGUUUUAGUGGUCAUUGGUCGGACUGAAUUUUUUUUAUAUUCUCCUCAGUUGUGGUAACGAUGUCUAACUUUUAGAAAAACAUAAUCAUUUGUAUUUAUAACGAUCAUGAAAGACAUUUUGAAAUAGCUAAUUCACUGUCUUUUGUCAUGAUUUAAAGAAAUCCUAGAAAAAAAUUAAGUACUUAAUAUGUACACAGUUCUAUAUUCAACCAUUACAUUUUUUUUAUUUAAUUUAAUUCAAAAUGUUUUUUUUUCUAUUACAGUACAUGGCAUCGUAAAAUACACUUGAUUGUAAAGUAAUAAAGUUUUACAAUUGUUUAAGCGUUAAUGUCACCUCAAUUUAAGUUUUUGAUUAGCAGUACGAAAUUAUUAAAACCGUCGUUACAGUUUGUUACAAUUUGUUAUAUUUUUGUAAUAUAUUAUUAACAAUCAGUUAAGGCGGGUAUAUACAUCUACAAUUAUUUUGCACAAUAUUUUAAUUGUGAAAUAAUAUUUAAUACAAACGUUCAAUAAUAUUUAGCAAUAAGAUUGACAUUCACGUCAGUGAUUUAAUGGUCACAACCGCUCAAAACAGUGAACUGAAAAAAUAUUGCGCAAUACUAACCCUACACAGUAAAAAAAAUACAUAUUGCGCAAUAAAAUUUAAGCUCGCUCAAACUUCUGUUCAAUCAUUGCCCAAUUUUUCAAUAUUAUCCCUACACUACUAUUGUGCAAUAUUAUUGUAGAUGUAUGGGCCUUAUGGGUAGGCGAAAAAUGUUUGAAAUUAAUUAAUGUCAUUUACGUUAAAUAUUACGUGUAUACACUCGUACAUAUACCAUUACAAAUUUGGCUAAUAAAAACAAAAACAAUAAAUCAAUUAAUCACCGAGGUGAUAAAGUAUAUUUAACAGCAUUACUCAUUAAAAUAGAAAUUAAUUUGUAAAUAAAUUACGAUUUGCAAUUAAUAUAGAACUUUUUAUAAAGGUUAUGAGGGGGUACGACUCAAAGACAGAAAAGGCGCAAACAGUGAAUCCCGUAUGUCAAUACAAUAGUUUUUGGAAUACAGAAGUCGAUACAUAGCCUUUGAAUACCUUAUAAACUUGUUCAUAGCCUUUGAAUACCUUAUAAACUUGUUCAUAGCCUUUGAAUACCUUAUAAACGUGUUCAUAGUCUUUGAAUACCUUAUAAACUUGUUCAUAGCCUUUGAAUACCUUAUAAACGUGUUCAUAGCCUUUGAAUACCUUAUAAACGUGUUCAUAGCCUUUAAAUACCUUAUAAACGUGUUCAUAGCCUUUGAAUACCUUAUAAACUACUUUACAAACUUGUUCUGUGUGACACUUAAGCGGUUAAUUCUAAUAUUACACGAGUCUUGAGCUUAGUAUAAGUACGCUUUAUUAUAUUUCAGCCAAUAAACGAAUAAUAUAAAUAACGGUUACUGCCAGUAUAUAAAAUAUCGUAAGGGAAACAUUCAGAGUCACAUCACGUCUCCACUUGUCGUUUCUGAUAUAUAGCAAGACUGACUUUGAAUCUUACCUUAAAAGUCCUUAUUUUAGGUACGUAUUUCUUAUUCUGAUUUUUGUUCUAGAGCCUCAAUUACAUGAAGAUUUAUCGCGUUUAUUUUGCAUAUUUAUAGGAAUAAUAUCAAAAUGUCAUCAUAGUUUAUUUUGAAGACAUUUCAAUUAAAAUUUUAUUAUCAGUGCUUUAGAAAUCAUAUCACUAUAUGAAUAUACUAAAUGUAUUAUUAGUAUGUAUGAGAGUUUUAUAUAUUAUCCAAAAUAUGUUUAUCACCGCAAUCAGUUCAAUCAAUUAUUGUGAAUAAUUAUAGUUUUGGGUUCUUAGAAAAUAUACUUGAAACUGUUCACCUGCAUUGAAAGUAAAUUUUAAAUUUUAUAUUUUUGCGAAAUUCGUCUCAUCUCGACGUAUACACAACAGUGUUACAAUAAUAUUUUAUAUUAGCAUAUUUGAAUAACUAAAAAUAUUUUUUUAAUAAAUAUAAAUGGUGUUCGCCGGAAUAAGAAGAAAAUUAAUUGAGAUAAAGUAUGAAAGCGCAACGUGCUUAACUCGUAUACAUGUUUUGAUCGAUUCAUAUCUAUCGAAUUCUUUUAUUAAUUAAAGAUUUAUCAUAUAACAAAUAUAUCUGUCAUAAAUCUGACACAAAAAAAUGUAAAGAUAAACUUUCUUUACAUACUCAUAAGAUCUCCUUAUUAUAAGCUUGCAAACAAUUUCAGCAUAUCUAGGGCCUGAUACAAAGUCAGCGUACGACAGGCUUCAAAAAAAGCUUAAACAAAAGCUAAAGGAAUUUUUGGGCCACGCCUGUCGUAAACUUAUUUAGUGUCUAGUUCACAUUUAUUUUUUCUUGCCAUCGCUAAAAAUUAAUUUGAUUUACUUUUUAGUACCAAACUCAUUAGAGAUUGUAAAAAUACUUUUCUUUUGUAAAUUGUAUGUUGCUUCUCGCUAUAUGUGUGAUAUUAUUAUGUUUAACAAUUUAGUGCUUAUCCAUAGCUCUAUCUAGAAUAAGAUUCAAUGGGUUUUCUUUUUGAUCCUAUCUGAAACUUACAUUUGUGCAACGAAUUUUCUUAUGGCGCCAUCUGUUAGACUUCAACACACUAUAAGAUUUAGCCGGAACUGUCCAAUGUCAAUACUUAAAAUUAAUUAAAUUACCGCCACCUAUGGACGCUUAAAUGCCGUAAGGCUUGUGAGUGCGUUGCCUGCCUUUAAAUAAUUAGUAUGCUGCUUUCUUGAUGGAGCCUAAUUCAAAUUAGUGGUUGUGCGCGGCAAUAAGUGCCUUAAGAAACGCUCAAUUGUGGAACAACGGACAUCGAUAAUGACAAUGAUGUUUGAUUUGACAGGUUUUGUAAAAAGCUAAUUAAAUUGAAAUAAUAAAGUUUUUUAAUGCUGACAUUCGGUAUUGACAAUUGACCGUUUCAGUUGACCAUAGUGUAGUAGUAUUAUGUUCGUUUAUCGUUGCACCAUGAAGAAAAUAUAAAAAUAACAUCGCAAACGAUAACACGACCGUCAAAGCAAGACUGAAACAUUACGUUUUUGUGCAUUGGAACACUAAAACUCAUUCGCGUCAAAUCAAAGUAUUAAUGAAGCAGUCUUGUUAAAGUCAUAAGUCUCUGUUGUAAAACUCGUUUGAAUUUGUUGCUUAAGAAUAUGUAUUUGUGUAAAUAUCUUUAAAGCAUUAGAAGGGUGAUAAAGGAAGCUGGAAGAACCUAUGUUCUAUGGAAGAAUAUUUAAUAUUUUUAUAUGUAGAUUUAAGGAAUAUCAAUGUAUAGUAAUAUAUUAAACGAUAAUUGUAUUAAA